GCUGCUGCUGUGGCGGGAGCCCCCAGGGGGUGGGGACAGGGGAACCUGCCCCACCCCACCCUCUCCCCAGGGCUUUGGGGACAAAGGUGCAGGGAACUCCACUGCCCAGAGACUUUGGGACUUUGCUUUCUACCUCAGGGUCCACAAGGGACAUGGAAAGGCCUCGGACAACUUGGUUCCUGCCCCUGCUGCUUCUGCUCCAGUCUCUCCUACUGAACGGUGAACAAGGGAAAUGGAUCCAAACAGGGUGUGGUCUGCCAACCCAGAGACCACGGGAGACCCCACGCAUCGUUGGGGGCAAGGACGCCAAGGAGGGCAAGUGGCCCUGGCAAGUCAGCCUCCGACACCGUCGGAAUCACAUCUGCGGGGGAACACUGAUCACUCAAGACUGGGUCCUGACGGCUGCUCACUGCUUCAGCCUGCCCCUGGAGACGUCUCAGUUCCGGGUGGUGCUGGGAGAGCUGCGACUCUUCUCCUACCCCAUCCACGCCAUCUCGGCGGCGGUCAAGAAGGUGAUCCUACACCCUGACUACGAAGGCAGUGAACAAUCGGAGGGGGACCUCGCCCUGGUGCAGCUGACCACUCCCUUCAACUUCACAGACCACAUCCUGCCGGUCUGCGUCCCUCAGGCCACGGACUCCUUCCCCUCGGGGCUGCUCUGCUCCGUGACCGGCUGGGGAAAUGUGAAAGAAGGAGUUCAGCUUCCUAAGCCUCACACCCUCCAAGAGGUCGAAGUGCCCCUGAUUUACCCCAGUCAGUGUAACAACUUCUUCAAAACUCCAAAUUCCAAGCUCCUGGUCAAGAACACCAUGAUCUGUGCGGGCUACCCGGAAGGUGGAAAAGAUUCUUGCCAGGGAGAUUCUGGGGGGCCCCUGGUCUGCUCCCCAAACAAUUCCUGGUUCCUGGUUGGGGUAGUGAGCUGGGGCCACGGCUGUGCCCUCCCUAGGAAGCCUGGGGUGUAUACAUUCAUCCCCGCCUACAGCAAAUGGAUCCAGCAGCAAGUGCCCAGCCUGGGGCUGGGGUUCAGAAACAUCACCGUGUGGAGUGCAGCUCCGACAGGGCCCAACCCCCUCGUGGCCUCCUUCCUAUACACCCUCCUCCUGGGCACUCUCACUUUCCUCCUUUGACACCUCCAACACCUUCUGCUCCCUUAUAUCCUUCCCUCAGUCCUCUAAGAUCCUCCUCAAAGCAGCCAUCACACUCCCUCGGAGGCUUGCUGCCACCGCUGCCUCUUUGCACUCACUGAAAGCUCACUGUUUCUGCGGCGCUUUCAUCAGCCCCCCCAGUCCCUCAUCAAUCCCCAUGACUGGGAAGAUCUUCAUGCGUCUUCAAAUCUUCCUGCAAGAUCCUCUGCCUUCUGAAAAGGCCUUCCUCCUCCACUGCGCCAACGGUCAUCCCCACGCCUCGCUUCGCUCCAUUGCUCGGACCCUACCCUCAGUUGGGGGCAGAAACAAUAUGACGACGAGUCUCCACAAUAAAGGUAUGACACAGAGAUUUGCAUUAGGAUCUUUGGCCUGCGGCCAGGAACCAGUCGCACCGGUUCUGACGAUAGCCCAGAUGGGCGGCCCGGGCUCAAGAGGAAUAUGGGAAGUAGGUGGGGUGGCUGGGUCCUUAGUGCCUUGUGGGGAGAGGGAAUCAAUCAAUCAAUCGUAUUUAUUGAGCACUUACUGUGUGCAGAGCACUGUACUAGGGCUUGGGAAGUACAAGUUGGCAACAUAUAGAGACGGUCCCUACCCAACAGUGGGCUCACAGUGGGCCAGGAGGGUGGAGUCAGACAGGGAGAGGGGUAAGUGUGGACCCUUAAAGACUUGAGGGAGUUUUCUGGGGCAGGGCUUGAAAUCGGGGGAGGCAACCGACUUGGAGAAAAGGGGCCAUUCAGGUGCAGUGGUUCUCAAGGAGCCAUGAAGAAUGAACAGCGAAGAGGGAAUAUGACAGAUGGCCUGAAAACAAUAUGGGAGUGAGGACACAGGGGCUUCCCAAAGGGACGGGGCCUAGUGGAAAGAGCACAGGCCUGGGCGUCAGGGAACCUGGAUU